AUGCUUGAUGCUAUUGUCGCCGAGCAUGAAAUUGACUCCUCGUUCUGGGAACUUCCGUCUUGUUUCUAUCAACGUAGCGAUGAUAUUGAGUUGGUCUUUUGUGUCCCAUUCACCUUGGUUCGCACAGACUCAAUAAUAGAGGUCUCAUACACACUAAGAUACCCAGAGUAUAAAGAGAAUGAGAACACAUGGACCAUCAGACAAAGCGGAGUUUAUCAUCGGUUUGAUACCGCAACGUCCAAAAGCAUAUUCAUUUUGUUCAACCCCACACCCCUGUCCAGCACACACAAGGAGGUUGAAAAUUUCCUGACCGGGUCUCCGUCAUUGGUUAUGGAGGAGCCCUUUUGGCUACAUCGGCUCCUGUUUUCUAUACAUAUCCCUGCUUGGAGGGGGUAUAUCGGGUCAUUAGAACGACAAUUCUUGCCUAUCACCAACACAGCUUUUGCAACAUUUAUCGAGGAGCCAUUGCGUCUGAGUUAUGAUCAUCUCAGCACACUGAGUAACUUGGAGAUUCGCUUUCUUCAAGUUCCAGCCAUGAUUACAUCCGCGACAGAAGUUAUCGAAGAACUAUGUGCACUCUUUGACACCUUAUCGCGCCCCCAUAUAGAAAGCCAGGUCCUUCAAAAUCAUCGUCGCAAAUGCCUAGUCUAUUCUCGAACAGCAACACAUCUCAAGGACCGAAUACAAACUAUUGCCCGCUUGCUUGCAGAUACGCUACUGCUUCGCGACCAAGUAGUCGCAAGAGAGCAGAACAAAAACAUUUUCCAGCUCAACAAGUCGGCUGUUUUCAUCACUACCCUCACAUUGCUCUACCUUCCAGCCUCAUUUCUCGGCACUUUCUUUGGCAUGAACUUUUUUGCUAUGGAUCAGACUAACAACCGUAUUGUCGGCACUCCCAUGGUGUGGAUUUACGUGGUCGCCUCAGGUGUGCUCACCGCGUUUACGUUCCUGUUCUACUACUGGCUAUUACAUCGAGAUGGAUUUGUGUUCCGCAAAUUGGUGCCGAAAGUGCCUGAGUGGAACAUUCAGACUUUGAGGCGCCAAUUGACAAAUCGCAGAAAGGGUGACGUGGAGCUACAACGCUUUCAACUUUGA